GGGCCCUGGUGACUGCCGAGCCAAGCGCAGCGGGUGGCGGGACCACCAUAACCCAGAGGGCCAUGAACUCCGAACGCCAGCCCCGAAUACCCUUCAGCAUCGCAGACAUUCUAGGCCCUCGCAUGGUCCCCCGAGCACCCACUGCGCCACAGCUUCCAGAAUCCUGCCCGGAUCGGACGUCGCCGCUGUGCGCCCUGGAGGAGCUGACCAGUAAAACUUUCCGCGGACUUGACGGGCGCGCUUCACAGCCCUUUGAAGGCAGGGCCGCUCCAGACGCCUUGGGCCCGGCCCCUGCCGGCCGCAGACGACGCAAGUCACGGACAGCCUUCACUGCGCAGCAGGUGCUGGAGCUGGAGAGGCGGUUCGUCUUCCAAAAGUACUUGGCACCUUCAGAGCGCGACGGACUGGCUGCGCGACUCGGCCUGGCCAACGCACAGGUUGUUACUUGGUUUCAAAAUCGCCGUGCCAAGCUUAAGCGCGAUGUGGAGGAGAUGCGCGCGGACGUGGCCUCACUACGCUCGUUGUCCCCAGGAGUCUUGUGCAGCCUGGCGCUGCCUCAGGAUUCUCAAAGCCCUGGCCCCAACUCCAGCCCCUACUCUGUUGGGCCUAACUCCGGGUCCCACCUAUCAGACGAAGAAAUACAGGUGGAUGAUUGAAGGCAAACCCAAUAACAGCCCUGAACUCUGGAGCCCCGGACUCCUUCCUUCCGCACUCUUUGUCCUGUCUGGGUUCCCGGGUGGAGGGAGGAGGUCCACCUGGGCCUGUCUGGCCCACAAUCCAGGCGCCCUUCUUUCCCAUUGUUGAGAAUAAA